AUCCCAGGCUGGGCGCUCGCCGCAGUCAGGCUCUCCGCGGCAGCAGGAUCCUCCUGGCCGCGCUGUGCUCGCGCCCGGGUCUGCGCGUCUGCUCUCCAGCUCAUGCCCUUUGGAGCCGCGCGCCCCGGGACUGCGGCAGCGCACACAGAGUGCUCGGUUGGCUGCCGGGCAGCGGGAGGCGGCGGCGGUGGCCAAAGUGAGCUGGAGGCAUGGGCCAGGCGGCCUGGAAGGGGUUCGUGUUGUCUCUGUUCGACUACAAGACAGCAAAGUUCGUGGUCGCCAAGAGCAAGAAGGUGGGGCUGCUCUACCGGGUGCUGCAGCUCACCAUCCUGUUGUACUUACUCAUAUGGGUGUUUCUGAUAAAGAAGAGUUAUCAGGACAUUGACACUUCCCUGCAGAGUGCUGUGGUCACCAAAGUCAAGGGGGUGGCCUAUACCAACACCACGAUGCUUGGGGAACGACUCUGGGAUGUGGCAGACUUUGUCAUUCCGUCUCAGGGGGAGAACGUUUUCUUCGUGGUCACCAACCUGAUCGUGACUCCUAACCAGCGGCAGGGCAUCUGUGCUGAGCGUGAAGGCAUCCCGGAUGGCGAGUGUUCAGAGGACACCGACUGUCACGCUGGGGAGUCUGUUGUAGCGGGACACGGACUGAAAACUGGUCGCUGUCUACGGGUGGGGAACUCUACCCGGGGCACCUGUGAGAUCUUUGCUUGGUGCCCAGUGGAGACAAAGUCCAUGCCAACGGAUCCCCUCCUGAAGGACGCAGAAGGCUUCACCAUUUUCAUAAAGAACUUCAUUCGCUUCCCCAAGUUCAACUUCUCCAAAGCCAAUGUGCUAGAAACAGGCAACAAACAUUUCCUGAAAACCUGUCACUUCAGCUCCACCAAUCUCUACUGCCCCAUCUUCCGACUGGGGUCCAUUGUUCGCUGGGCAGGGGCUGACUUCCAGGACAUAGCCCUGAAGGGCGGUGUGAUAGGAAUCCACAUUGAAUGGGACUGUGACCUUGAUAAAGCUGCCUCCCACUGCAACCCACACUAUUAUUUCAACCGUCUGGACAACAAACACACACAAUCCAUCUCCUCUGGGUAUAACUUCAGGUUUGCCAGGUAUUACCGUGACCCUCAUGGGGUAGAGUUCCGUGACCUGAUGAAAGCAUAUGGCAUCCGCUUUGAUGUGAUAGUUAAUGGCAAGGCGGGAAAAUUCAGCAUCAUCCCCACAGUCAUCAACAUUGGUUCCGGGCUGGCGCUCAUGGGUGCUGGGGCUUUCUUCUGUGACCUGGUACUUAUCUACCUCAUCAGAAAGAGCGAGUUUUACCGAGACAAGAAGUUUGAGAAGGUGAGGGGUCAGAAGGAGGAAGAUAAUGUUGAGGUUGAGGCCAACGAGAUGGAGCAGGAGCUGCCAGAGGACAAGCCACUGGAGAGGGUUCAUCAGGACGAGCAGGCCCUGGAACUGGCCCAGAGUGGCAGGAAGCAGAAUAGCAACUGCCAGGUGCUCUUCGAGCCUGCCAGGUCCACCUUGCUUGUCUAGCACAGCCCCCUAUUGCUGUGGGAGGCUCUGUGAGUCCCAGCCCUCAGUCUGAACACCGUCAUGCAUCUGAGCUGCAGCUAAGACAGUGUUCUUUCUUCUCGGCUAUGUCUUCCUGCUCACUGACAGAGAAAAGCGACAGGCCAUGCCUGCCAGAGUUCCUGACUGCCUUCUCUCUGCCUCUGUGUGCAUCCCUCCCUCAAGGUCUGGCCUCCAGGAGAAUGCCUUCGUGAACAUGAAGCCAUCACAGAUCUUGCAAACAGUGAAGACGUAGCCAGAGCUCUUGGCAGGGAACAGAUUCAAAGAUGUCUGGGCCAGGACAGGCCAGGGCUCUGAACUGGGGAGAGGCAUCUCGGUGGUGCCGGCUCAGGAUGUGGCUUCUGAGAACAGGUCCUUCAACUCCACCCAGCUUGGGUGGGAUCCUGCUGCAAGAUUUGUUUCAUGGAAGGCUUCCUGGUGGCCAAAGUGGCUCAGGAUGCAGGAAGGAGGCCUUGGGGCAGGCCCUCAGGGAAGGGGCAGGCCUGGGGUUUCAGUGGUGGGUUUCUGUUCCUGACUCUGAGCCCAGCUGGACACUUGUUUAUUUAUACAGGCAGUACACAUUUAUUGGUGCAUGCUGCAUUUUAGUCCUAUCUGAGAGACUUAAAGGCGAUGCUGACCUGGCCCUAGGGUAGGGGGCACACAAGUUAACUCUCACCAGAGACAUCAUAGUCAACCCAGCCAGCCUGGCCUUCCUCCAGCCUCUAGCCAAGUCUUUGACAAGUCCCCGCAGAGAAAGACGGCUGCUCAGAAAAAGCUGUUGGAUGACAUCCAGGGGACACUUAGCUCCACCCCCAGAUGUUAACAAGUAAAGCUGGCCAAGGAGGCACCUGGAAAAAAGCUUAAGGGGAGAGCAAACACUCAGGGCUCCUAGGUAAGACUGGGGAAGGAAGGCAAGCCAGCCACUACGGGAAGCCUAGCGUGGCUCUGGAAACUGACUUACUUGCCCAGGUGAGACAUGGACUUGUUUGUGUGGUUCAGCACUUGCUGUUUGGUUGGUGCUGGGGGUCCCUGUCUGACUUCCUUCCUGCUCUCAGAAGCCCAGCCUUGAUGUGCUAAUGAGAUAAAGGAUAAUUUUCACUGAAAA